AUGGACGGGAUCUCUGGCUACAUCAGCGAUUCGAGUGAAACAAAAAGUGGUGAAAAUUCACCUGGUUUUCACGCUCUAAAUGAAGAUAUGUUGAAACGGAUUCGAGACAAGAGAUUAAAGGUGACUUCACAGCAAAAGCAAACUAGCAGUAGCGGUGCCGGGAAUUCUAUACUUACUGCUGUUGAGCUCGUUGAAGUAGACACUAAUAACUCAGUUCAAACAAAGAUACCAGUGGCUGUAAUUGACUCUACUGGUAGUACUCUCGACCAGCGCGAAAUCAUGACAGCAACAAAAAAGGAUGAAGUUACAUCUGAGGAGCUGGUCAAAGAGAGAAAAUCUCGCUCUCGGUCCAGUUCAGCAGCCACAUCUCGCUCACGGUCAAGAUCACCAAAACAUUCGAAAUCAUCAAGACGCAGACGUUCAAGAUCCUCGUCCCCAAAACGAAGAAGGUCCAGAACACCCAAAAAGAAAAAACGCUCCCGGUCCAGAACACCAAAGAGGAAGAGGCGUUCAAGAUCCCGAUCCCCCAGGAGGUCAAGGUCCCGGACACCAAGGCGACGUAAGAGGUCUCGAUCUAGAACACCAAAGCGUCGACGUCGCUCUCGAUCCAGAACACCAAAGAAUCGUCGGAACUAUGCAUCAGGAUCCAGACGGAAGCGGAGUCGCUCAAGGUCACGGGAUAAGAAGCGGAGAUACAGUCGGUCACAUUCUAGAGAACGACGAAGAUCACCUGGUGGAUCCAAAAGAAACAAACGGGAUAGAAGCAAAAGUCUCAGUAGGAGUCGGAGCAGAAGUCCAAGCCACAGUCCUAGUCAGACUCCUGAUCGCACACGAAGUGCAGACCCUGGCUCACCGCCCCGUGAGUCAGUUGGAUCCAAGCGCCGGGAUAGCAACCCCGUCGUUGAAGCUCCGCCCAAGCAAAGCAUGGCACAUCAGGAGAGCAGCGUCACGUCGUCAUCCCCACUCCGGCCUGAUGAAGUCAGCUCCUCCAGGAAGAAAUCUGUGUCCAGUUUCCAUGAGGAUGAAGAUGCCUUGAAGCGAGGAUCCCGUUCCCCGUCCCCCGGUCGCCAUGCUGCGUCCAAAUCCCGGUCCCUAUCGCCAAGGAGAAUCAAGAAAAGCCGGAAGGCCAACUCUAAGACUGCUCGCUCACCUUCGUCAUCAGGAAGUGAUCGGAGGGCGUCGCUUUCUCCGAAAAGAGGCUCCCGUUCAAAGGGACGGAAGAGAGAUUCGAGAUCCAGAUCUCUCACGCCAAAAAAGGACAGGAAGUCCAAAUCAUCCAGAGCCAGGGAGUCUCGAUCGAGGUCGGCCUCGCCUGGAAAGAAGCAGCUGAAGUCAGCCCGUAGAUCCCUAUCAAGAUCACUCUCGCCAAAGAAAUCCCGCAGAUCCCGUAGUAGAUCGCCAAAGAGACAUCGUCGGAGGUCUCGUUCGAGAUCUCCGAAGCGCAGCAAGUCCUCAAAGUCAAGGCGUAGAUCUCGCUCCAAGUCCCCUCCUCGUCGGAAAUCCAGGUCUAGGUCAAGGAAGAGGUCACGAUCGAGGUCACACAAGAGAUCCAGGUCUCGCUCCAGAAAGAGGUCACGUUCACCAAGGCGCCGUAGAAAGUCAAGAUCAAGAACCCCUCCUCGCAGGAGAAGACAGAAGUCUAGAUCACGAUCUCCACGCCGGCGACGCUCAAGAUCUUGGAGUCCAAGGAGGCGUCGUAGUCACACCCGCAGCCGUAGCCGUAGCCGCAGCAUCUCCACCUCUCCUCUGACCCGUGGGAGGGACGCCGCCAUGCAUGCCCAGGAGGCUCUGGCUAGACGGCUAGAGAGAGCCAAGAAGCUGAUGGAGAUGAAGGAGAGACGGGACAAGGAUGAGAAGGAGAGGGAGAAGGUCCUGAAGCUGGAGACGGAUGACACGCUUGAGAAAGAAAUUGCCAAAGGAGUGGAGAGCAACACGACAUCCCUGAAUCCACCCCCUCUGAUGUCACUAACACCCAUGGGUAUAGACCCCCUCAUCCAAGCAGCUGCCGCUGCCGCAGCCAUGCAGGCAAAGGUUCUGGCCCAAACUGGAAUCAGCAUGCCCAAGUAUUACAACCCACUGACAGUCAACCCUGUACAGAUAGCGGAGCAGACACGCAAGAGGAAACUACUGUGGUCUGCUAAGAAAGAGGAUAAGAUUGCAGAGAAAGUGUCAAGUAACCAGUGGGAGAGGACAUCGUUUGAUGAUAAUGAGACCAAGGCCAAGUUCCGCCGCUUGAUGGGGAUCAAGGAAGGAGAGGAGAUACCCGAGCAAGGAACAGAUCAAGGUGACACAGCACGCCAGCAAGAAGAAAGAGUCAAGCUAUUCCACCAGUUGGACCAGGAGUACCAGAUAGCUCGUGUAAAGACCCACACCCAGAGAAGCUUUGGACUUGGGUUUGGGCAUGGAGGAGGCCCUGUCAUCCAGCAGGCACCCACUCCCCCAACCACCUCCUCAUAGCUAAGGAGUAUAUAGUUUUUGUAACUUGGAGCCAAGAAUAGACCCGUGUUGACCACUUGCACGAAUGUCACACUCGCCGACUGUGCCACGCUCACCAUGUUGGUGGGCAAUAGGUUUACGUGUAAACGCCGCGCCGCCUAAAAAGCGUACUUUUUGAAAAACGCACAUUGACAUUGACCACCAAAAUGGCACAUCCAAAAUUAUUCUGAUGAUGACGUCGGGUGAAUAGGGUCAAUACAUGUAUGUGAAAGAACUUGUAGGCUGCUGUUGCAUUUAACACCUGUUUUAAAGACAGGCGGGACUGCUACGGUCAAUCUUUCUACUUCUAGCGCGUCAAGUCGCUUCUUAUUGUUUUGAGAUCAAACUUUUCAUGUACUUAAUUCAGAAUUUGGUUUGGCGUGACUCUGAAGCGCCUGUCUGAAACAGGUUUAAGUUGUUUGAAGACUAGUUAGGACCAUGCUGGACCUGAGUUACCAGAAUUAAACAUUUGAUAACUCGAGGUAUCUGGAGAUUGAACCUGGAUAACCAUGGUAAACCUUUAAAAAAACUUGAGACUAACUCUGCAGGCCUCAAAAUAACCAACAGCACCCACAGCAAUUGUAGUGGUGCCCUGUGCUUUUGCUGUGGUGCCUUCUGCAAUGUUCUUUAAGAACAUUGCAGAAGGCACCACAGAAUACAAUAUACAAAUUAACAUUUUCCCCCAUAGCGGUGUCCCUUACCAGAGGCAAAUUAAUUUUUCAUUCGCCCGAUAAAAUCUCAAAGCACGUAUUACUUUAUUGGUAUGCAGAGUUUGUUUGAACUGUGAGACCCAUUUUAUAUAGCACGUUGAAUUGUUUACGAGGUAACAUUGCUAUGCAGAGCUUAUUUGAAUUAUGAGACCCAUUUAUAUAGCCACUGAAAUGUAGGUACUUCUGCCCACUCUGCAGUGGCUAUUAGAUUACAGCAAUGUAUAUUUACAGGCAGGUGUAAAUUUAGUGAAACUGUAAUGGACAGUGUUUUUCUUUCUCUUUUUCAAUUGAGGUCAAAAAGUAACAGCUCGAUGUGGUUUUAUAUUCGGUACAAGUAGAUUUAGUAGUUUAUUUUGUAAAAUAUAUCGUAUCGAUUACUGUGAGUUACAAUCCUGUAGUUGGUGGUUCUUGUAGCUAGUUUCUUUUACAGUAUGACUGGUUGAGAAAGCUUGUCUGUUUACAAUGCAGUGUGCCCUCUACAAUUUUCCCCAAGAGAGACUGGUCGAUUAAAACAAAGUCACACCCCUGCUCCACAGUGUCCGGGUGGUUGGGAUGUUUAAAUGGCUGACAUGGCCGAGAUGAAGAUUAUAUCCAGACUGUGACAGAACUGCUUUGCAACGAACUUAAAUAAUUAUAAUUUCUUCUCUUCACCCAGGAAUAAUGGGGUUCCUGCGAGGGCAAAGAUGGUUCUUGUGAACAUUUUUACUUGAUGCACUACUUACUUGGCAGAAUAUACCGUGCAUUACCAAGGGAGCUGAGAUGAUUUAAUGGACAAAAUGAAUGGCUUUGUGACCAAAGGUAAUAAUGUUCAUAAUAAGAUGCAAGUAUUGACCCCUUGCACGCACGUCACAAGUGAUGACUGUGCCACGCUCACCAUUUUGGUGGUCAAUAGGUUUACAU